AUGGACUCCUCUGAAGAUAUGUAUGAUGAUGUAUUUAACCAGUUUACAGAAAAUUUGUUGAGCCAAAAAGUAUUACUGUGUUGUAUUUGUGAACAAAUACUAAUUUCCCCAGUAAAAUUGGUUCAAGGGAAAGGAAAUGUUUGUGCAAAAUGUUUUGAUGAAAAAUAUAAAGAUUGUCCUGACAAAGGUUGGCCUAAUCCGUCAUUAGACAUAAUAUUGUCAAAAUUGACUUUACCUUGUAAAUAUAGUUCUAAAGGGUGUGAAUUGAAAUUUUCUUAUCAUGAACAUUUAGAUCAUAUUUCUGUGUGUAGUUAUCGCCUCAGAAAUUGCCCUAUGAAUGACUGUUUGUGGAAGGGGCACUACCAUGAAAUUAUAACUCACUUUAAAAACAUUCAUGGGGCUGCCAUAAUAAAUGCAGAUAAUGGUGUUUUUACUGUAAAAGUAGAUUUUUCAGAGACAGCAUUUAUAAAGUUGUUGUGGUCUAAAAAUUACAUGUUUUACAUUAAGAUUCAUGUAGAUAUGCAAAAGAAUAAAUUGAUUUAUAUGUUGUGCGCAAUUCGAGAUUCAGAAGAGGGGUUUAAAUAUACUGUAAAACACAAGGGGGAUGAAAGCGAUACAACCUACAUUAAAACUAACAGUCAGUUAGUAAAACCAGAUUCUAUUUACAAUGAAUUAAAUUCAAAUAACUCAUCAGAGAUGGAUUUGGAUGUGGUUAAAGCUGUGAUUGGCAACAGUCAACACAUAAUAAAUGUAUUUAAAUUAUCUUCACUUUUCACCAUUGAUAUCCAUGAUAAGUUGCUUCACUUGGAAUGUCCAGUGUGCAGAACAUUUAUGAAAACGCCGAUAUUUCAAUGCCGCACCGGCCACAGCAUUUGCAAUAAAUGCUAUCCAAGGUUGGAAAAGUGCCCAACAUGCUCGUCACCAUUUGGGUCGACCCGGAAUUAUGCGCUGGAAGCUUUAACUUCCGGCGUUUUAUAUCCAUGUACGUAUUUUGACAUGGGUUGUAGCGAAACAAAUCUGGCCAGUCAAAUUGUUAAACACGAGGAAUUUUGCAGUUUUAGGCCUAUGAAGUGCCCCAUUGCACAGUGCUCUGUAACUGGCAAUCAGGAAACCAUCAUAGGACAUAUAAGAGAAACGCAUGGUGAUAAAUUGAUUGCUACUAAAAAUCAAGGAUACACGGAAUCCUACCGCCUAGAUCAGUUGAUUUACAAUCAGUUUUUAGAUAAACGUUUCAUGAUUGUGGACAACAGAAUUUUCAGGGUUUCCUGCAAAAGAACUGGGGAUCAUUGUUUUUGGGCUGUUGAAAUAUUUGGGUCUGGCAACGAACGAAAAACUUACGUUUACGAGAUCACCAUCAUGGAUGUAAAGAAGCCAGAGAAGAAAAUCACAAGGACUGAUUAUUGCUUAAAUGAGAUGGCUGAAGAUGAAUUGUUCAGGAAGUGUAUUAUGUUUCCAAAUACGAUUCUUUGUUCUUAUUCGAGUACCGGAUUAAUAACAUUUAAUUUAACCAUUAAAAUUAAGGCUCUUAAAGAAAAGUAA